UGGUUGGAAUCUCUGCGUAGGUUCAGUUUUAGCUAUAAAUGAAGAUGCAGAAGAGAGGAUUAGAGUGAGAGAAGACGAUAAAGAUUUGAGAGGCAAUGCAAGGAAAUAAGAGUGUUGUGAGGCUCAAAUCUAGCGGUUUUCCGUUGGAAGUCAACACCAGAACGCUGAAAUACAACUACGAGGAUGGAAGCACCGGCUUCUCAUCGGAAAUCACAUACUCCCUCGGUAACACCGUCGUAACUAUCAACGUAACCCAAGAGAUUUACUCCGGUCGUGUAAACGCCGUGUACAUGGACCUCUCCGAGGGCACUGGUAUGGGUUCUUUCGCUAAUCUGGGUCUGCGAGUCACGAGAAACAAGAGGUACGGCAUUUUAUGCAAUUACAUGAACACCUUAUUCGGGGGGUCCUAUGAUUCGCUUAAGGAGAAUUAUUGUGCACCACCUUUACCAGAGAGAGAAGUGGUUCGUUACAUUUGCGGUGAGAGUGGUUGCGGAGGGUGUUUCACUCUGGAGAAGAAGAAGAAGGAGGAUGGUGCGGUGGUGAGGGUGCAGGCCACGCACGAUUUCAUAGUUGGCGAAGAGACGAUGCACGUGAAAGUGAAAAUAAGGAACGAUGAUGGAGGGUUGAAGGUUGAAGUGGAAGGACCGGUGAAGCUUACGACGGAUUAUAUGAACCAUGUGGUUUCCGGAAUGAGGAGGAAGAUGAGAAGUGCGAUUGAGGCAAGUACGGUUCCACUUGUUAGAAACGACGUCGCUCAGCGUUCGCCCAAUGUUGUUGGCCCAAAAUUUAUUUCUGACGAUCGCGUGCAUUUGUGUUUUCAGAGGAUGAGGAUGCAUCAAGGAUUUUGAACUGUGAAUAUAAGAGAAAAUAUCAAGUAUGCAGCUGAGUCAUAGAAGUAUAAAAGAUAAGACAACAUACUUUGAUUUUCUGGUUGAGCACAACAAAUGGAGCCGAACCUCAUAAAGAAACAUUCUUUGCAAGGAAAUCUUGAGCACAAAACCAUGAGGCUGAACUACCAAGAGGGAAAGGUCACGUGCUAAGUAUCAGGAUAAGGGGUUGAGCUGAGACGAAAACUCACUUGUGAAGAAACCCUUGUGGCUGAGCACCGCCCAAAAAUUCCUAUAAAUAAAGACCUCGUGUCUUCAUUCUAGGCAUUGAGUGGAGGCUCAAAUAUGCAGUAGUAGAGUAGGAAUGAGUCUGUGAGGUUCGAAGUAUUAUGUUCUCAUUGUAAAUACUAUAUGUCUAAAUGUUGCUGAAUUUGUAUUGCAUCAUUCUACUCCAUGAGUAGUUGAUUUCUCUGUGGCGAUAUUAGUGGAGCAGUAAUCUUCUUAUACUUCCA